AUGAUAACAGAUCCUCAGGUAGGCCAGCGGCGGUCGUUCGGCGGCCAGCUGUGUACCAUUCGCUAUGUUGGCCAUGUCGAGGGAACUACGGGCGACUGGUUAGGCGUCGAGUGGGAUGAUCCAUCAAGAGGGAAGCACUCUGGAGAGCAUAAGGGGGUGAGGUAUUUUACAUGUCGGUGCAAAAAGAAGCUGUUCACCCCCGCUUCGUUCGUUCGCCCGUCUCGACCAGCGGACAAGCCUCGGGGGUUUCUUGAAGCGCUGCGCGGCAAAUAUGCUUCUGGCUUUGAAGAAGACCUUGCAGGGCAGGACUCUACGUCCUCAGGCUCUGUGUCCACUCAGGACACUAUCCGGUUCAACGGCAAGAUCGCCGAGGAAGUUGGCUUCGAAAAGAUCCGCAAGAAACUUGCAGAGCUCCAUGAGCUGAAGAUCGUGAUUCUGGAUGGUCUGUUGAUGGCAGGUCUGCUGGAAAAAGAAGUCCCAGCAGAUCGAAGAGAGCAGGAACGAGAAGCGGUUCAAAAGACGUGUCCGAAGAUCACCGAGCUGGAUCUCAGUCGUAAUCUGCUUACUCGCUGGACUGAUGUGAAAGAUAUAUGCGAUUCAUUGCAUUUCCUCAGGAUACUAAAACUAGAUGGAAAUCGGUUUGGUCCUAUUGAAAAGGACCUGAACUUUGGAGACGUCACCGAACUGCACUUAAAUGAUACCUUGCUAGACUGGAACGAGGUUUCCUCCUUGACGCGUCAGUUUCCGUCGCUGACGUCCUUGUCAGCAUUUGCAAACCAGCUAUCUCUCACCACAGGACCUCUCACCAAUACCAUCACCACUUUGAAGCUGGAGCACAAUGAUUUCGACUCAUUGGCGGCUCUCUGUGACCUCACUGCAUUGCCGAAACUUGAGCAACUGUCCCUGAAAGGAAAUUCCAUCUCUACAGUUUAUGACACAGACUCGGAGGUCAGAGACAGGCCUCUACGGUUCUCAGACACUCUCAAAUCAGUUGAUCUAUCGUACAACAAGAUAAACUCAUGGCUUUUUGUGAACAAGCUCGCGGACGUAUUUCCUGGUCUUGACAAUCUUCGCAUUACGGGAAAUCCUCUGUAUAACCAGCCUGUCGCGUCGUCUGCAGUAACAGGGUUGCAGGAGAGGCCGAUGACUGUCGACGAGGUCUUUAUUCUCACCCUAUCCCGCUUGGGCCGUUUACAGCUCUUGAAUUUCAGCAAGAUCGCGCCGACGGAUAGAACAAACGGGGAACUAUACUAUUUAUCCCUCAUCGGCAAGGAACUCUCUGCUUCGCCAGCAGCGUCGGAACCCAAGAUACUGGCUACCCAUCCUCGCUACCAGGAGCUUUGUGACCAAUACGGAGAACCCACAAUUACCAGAGCGAGCGAGUCAAUCAAUGAAGGGGCUGUGAAUCCACGAUCUGUGGCAGCCCGGCUCCUGACAAUGACAUUCAAGUUGCCAUCCUCACCACCAGUUGAUGAUCGUGAUUUACAGACUAGUCAUGAUACAAAGGUACAACAAAUCCCGCGAGGCUACGAUACAUACCAGGUCAAAGCUCUUGUCUCCCGCCUUUUCAAACUUACGCCAUAUUCGUUCAAACUAGUAUGGGAGACCGACGAAUGGGAUCCUGUUAGUAAGCAAAUCACGGAUGAGGACGAAUGGGACAGCGACCAAGAUGACGGUGACAUUCACGCUGCGGAUCUUACCUCGGUGAAGAGCAUGGAAAGCAAAUCCAAGUAUAUAAGGAGAGAAAUCGAGCUGGCUGAUUCGACCAGAGACAUUGGGUUCUUGUUUCAGGAUGGUCUGAACGAGGUGAUAAUCAGGAUUGAUCGGCUAUUAUAA